AUGGAACUUCAGAAACAAAGUAAAUCCAGAAGCAAGAUCUUGAAAUUCUUACCCAAAGCAGCGUCUGCAGUUUACUUUCACGGCGCUUCCUACAGCCCUAAGCACAAACCUCACGGCGGUCGGGGGGUAGGGUUCUCCGGCCCGCUUAUUCCGGACGAAGCUCGGAGAAAGCCGAGGAACAACGUCGGAGGCAGCAGCUUCGGGAGCGUAGAUGAAGUCGAACCCACAUCGCCGAAGGUUUCGUGCAUGGGACAGAUCAAGAAGAAGAAAGAACAACACCAACAAAUCAAGAAGACAAAACGCGAAGGUUUACCUCCUAGAAAUCAAUCAAAGGAUUCAAAGGAAACAAAACCUAGCAGGGAAGUAAAGAAGCACGCGUCUACGUUUCGAAGGAUGUUUAGCGGUGUGAAUUCAAGACGAAAAUCCGAUGCCGACGUUGAUGAUCUUAAAACCAAUAAGGCGGCGGGGCUUCCGGAUAGAGCGCCGUCGUUGAGUCAGAUGCGGCGGUUUGCGAGCGGAAGAGGGAAGGCUAUUGCCAACUUUGAUUGGCAAGCGCCGCUGGCCAAGGUGGCGCCACGUCACGAUGACGAUAACAACCAGAAUUAUCAUUCGGACGAAGACGGAGAAUAUAGUGAUCACGAAGAUCACGAGCGUGAGCAUACAAAAAUCGCUUUCUCGGCGCCGUUGACGAUAGGCGGGUCGCCGGGAGGUGACGUGGCGUUGCAGCCAAGGAAAGAGAUUAAUCUAUGGAAGAGAAGAACCAUGGCUCCGCCGAGUCCUCUACAAGUUAAAGCACAGUGA